UCCGUGGCUGGCCUGAAGAAGACGAGAGCAGGUCCACGCCGUGCAAACAGCCAGUGGUUCGCCGACUAUCAACAUCAUCAACAUCGCCAGUGCUUAGUGCCGUAUUUUUAUAUUUCUUGGUGGUGAAGUGUUCUGUGCUUUUGGGGUGCCAGUGUAUUUGCCCUAACCGCGUGGAUUAUUGCCGCUAGUAUUUAUCGUUUGGUGAUGAGCUGACGCCGUUCAAGGCUGGGGUAUAGUGGACAUUUUUUUCAAAUCUUAACGAGAUGGCGGAUAGAAAAGAAGAAGCUCAAGACUGUGAGAACGUCCAUAUGAAUAGGCACGGCGAGGAAUCCAUUGAACUGCCCAUGUUAAGUAGUGUAAAUGCGGCGCACGAAGUACCAUCGAAAGGUGCUGUCCCCGAGAGAGGCACCUGGGGAAGCAAAUUAGACUUUAUUUUAUCCGUCGUCGGUUUGGCUAUAGGCCUGGGAAACGUCUGGAGGUUCCCAUAUCUCUGCUACAAGAAUGGCGGCGGUGCCUUCCUGGUACCUUACUUCAUCACGCUCUUCCUCGCGGGAAUACCUAUGUUCUUCCUGGAGCUUGCGCUUGGACAGAUGAUGACAAUCGGAGGUUUGGGUGUUUUCAAAAUCGCACCGAUUUUCAAAGGAAUCGGUUACGCGGCGGCUGUAAUGUCCUGUUGGAUGAACAUCUACUAUAUUGUUAUCUUAGCCUGGGCCAUAUUUUACUUCUUCAUGUCUCUGCGUGCCGAUGUUCCUUGGCGCACAUGCCACAACGUUUGGAACACGAAACUUUGCGUAAAUCCUUACGAUCGUGGAUCUCUUAACUGCUGGGAACAGUACAACGUCAACAAUACAUUCAGCAAAAUCUGCGCCGUAAACUCCAUGAACGUAUCCCUUUCUGAACUGACCGAUCCAGUGAAGGAGUUCUGGGAACGAAGGGCUUUGAUGAUCUCCGACGGCAUUGAGCAUAUCGGAGGCAUCCGUUGGGAAUUGGCCGGAACUCUGUUACUGGUUUGGAUCAUCUGCUACUUCUGCAUCUGGAAGGGCGUCAAGUGGACCGGGAAAGUCGUUUACUUUACAGCCCUUUUCCCUUACGUCUUGCUGACCGUGCUGCUAAUUCGUGGUGUUACUUUACCUGGAGCAAUGGAAGGAAUUAAAUUUUAUAUAAUGCCGAACAUGUCGAAGCUCAGAGAAUCAGAGGUUUGGAUCGACGCCGUCACACAGAUCUUCUUCUCUUACGGAUUAGGUUUAGGAACUUUGGUCGCUCUAGGAAGUUACAAUAAAUUCACAAACAACGUUUACAAGGAUGCGUUGAUCGUGUGUACCGUGAACUCAAGUACCAGUAUGUUUGCCGGUUUUGUAAUCUUCUCAGUCGUCGGAUUCAUGGCCCACGAACAACAGAAACCAGUUGCCGAAGUGGCAGCUUCCGGACCUGGAUUGGCUUUCCUCGCGUAUCCGUCGGCUGUACUUCAACUCCCAGGAUCACCAAUGUGGUCUUGUCUCUUCUUCUUCAUGAUACUCUUGAUAGGUCUCGACUCGCAAUUCUGCACCAUGGAAGGUUUCGUAACAGCUAUCAUCGACGAGUGGCCUCAUCUCUUGCGUCGCAGGAAAGAAAUCUUCAUCGCCAUCGUCUGCGCCAUCUCAUACCUCGUCGGAUUAUCCUGCAUCACUAAUGGUGGAAUGUACGUCUUCCAAAUUUUGGAUUCUUACGCCGUGAGUGGAUUCUGCUUGCUGUUCUUGAUCUUCUUCGAAUGCAUCGCCAUUUCUUGGGCUUUCGGUGUGAACCGGUUCUACGACGGAAUAAAGGAAAUGAUUGGCUACUAUCCGAUGAAGUGGUGGAAGUUCUGCUGGACCAUAACAACUCCGGUCAUUUGCAUCGGUGUAUUCAUCUUCAAUAUCAUUCAAUGGACGCCGGUUAAAUAUCUGAACUACGAAUUUCCACUGUGGGCUCACCUCUUUGGAUGGUUCACGGCUUUGAGUUCUAUGCUCUGCAUUCCUGGAUACAUGAUCUACAUCUGGAACGUCACCCCUGGAGAUAGAGCAACGAAAAUCCGUUUAUUGGUGAGAAUUGAGGACGACGUUCCAACAGUCCGUGCCAAAAUGUUAGCGGAGGCCCAAGGCCAAGCAGCAAAAUUAUAAGUUAAAAAAUUUAAUACGAAUAGCUACGUCUUUUGUUUUUAAUUUAAGCAAACCCACCGAUAAUUUAAACAGAUAUUAAUAGACUUUAUUAUACGUAAGCUUUGUACGUUCGAUUAUAUAACCAUUUUUAUUAUGUUUAUUCCGCUGAUUACUAUUAAUUUUAACGAAGAGGUUAAAGGCCCCGCCGCGAUGUGGCAGAUACAAGUAUUUUGUUUCUGGUACUCUCAUUAACUAUAGUUUCCCUGUACUAUAUUUAUAACAUUUAAUUGUAAGUCACGGCAAAUGGAUAUGUUUUUUUCUUUGUUUUAUAGAUUUCGGUUGCGCCUAAUACAAUUAGAAACAUUGUUCGGUCUGUAGAUACUAUAGUACUAAUGUUUAUUAACAACAUUUGAUAAUAGUUCAAUGAUGUUUCAAUUAUCUUUAGCGCAGUCGUACCUACUAGUACCAUACUAAUACUAAUGACACAUUAAUUUUAAGCCAACCAAGCUUUUGACCGAUCUUAUAA